UGGAUGGAGGACCUGCCAAUUUUCUUACAUAAAGUCGAUGAAGUCAUCGUCUUUGUAGAAACAAUAGACGAAAAGAAUCUUGGGAUUCGCCGUCUUCGAUGUUGAAGUGACAAAAACGUGCUGCUUGUAAAAAAGCGCAAUGUAACGACAUGACCAGUUGCUAAUUAUAAGAGAUGCACUCUAUGUAUCAUUGAAAUGCUCAUUCUCAAUUUUACUCCACACUCCCCGUCGAAUACCAUGUGCAAGAUGAUUACAAUGAAGAGUGGAAUGCCACCGUUUUUCGUGGAUCCAGCAAUAACGUCAACUCUCACUAAACCACAAGUUCUAUUAACUACUUCACUCCCAAUUCAACAUUCGUCAUCAAACAGUCAGCAAGAAAAAGGUGUUUCGUUCAAAAGUGAAGCGUUCCGGUUGCGUACGCAGGCCAAGAUUUUAGAACUUGUUCAAACAGCUAAUAACUCGUCAGAUAUUUGCUUGAACAAUAGUUUGAUUGCAAAGAAGGUAUUAAAGUACCGCUGUGCAUUGAAGCGACAUCCAUUUGAAAGCACAUCUGUUGAGCUGAUUCAUUGACUAUUUCCUAUAUAUUUGUUCGUCGUACCUAUUAAUUGUAAAUAUAUAAAUGAUAUCAUUUGUGUUUUGAGUAAUAUUAAUUUAAUCAAAUAUAACAUUAUCCGGUUAAACACCAAAGAGAUAAAGCACACUAUACUUAUUUUUUAUCCGACAAAUCUCAUUAUUAUGUGGUGCACAUCCUCUUUCCAAAAAGCCAGAAGAAUAUCAUUAACA